UGAAGAGCUCCGAUGGCAGUUAACAAGGGUCCAACUUUGCUGGAUGAAGAUCGCCCUGUAAGUAACUUGGGCUUAUAUGAGACAGUGGACAACUCUGUGGGGAGGAAGGAGACGGGAGGAGAAGUUCAGGGGGCUUAGAGCAAGAUAUGUCUAGAUUAUAUUCAUAACUCAUUGACCAUUAUGUCUUAGUUAUUCUUGCCCUCACUACCUUUUGCAGAAGGCUGUUAGAGAAUGUGAGGGGGCAGAAAAGAUGUCUAUUAAAAACUAAGUACCUUGGAGAAAAAGCACAGAAAAGUUGGCUGGGAGGGAAAGGAGAGGAAGGGAACUACUAUAUUCUAAAGCCUGAAACAGAAGCCCAUGCUUUGUCCACCCAGGCGAAAUGUAUAUUUGGGAUGGAGCCUCUGCAUUUUGUAACUCCAGAGGCUUCUUGUAUGGUGCAGUCUAUGUAAAUGGCACCUCUUAGAGUUACACGAUGCACAUUAUGUAUGUGGGAAGGGGUUAGAGGGGCAGUGUGUCCAGUUUGUGUGUCUGACCUGGUUUUCAAUGUGACUCAGAGUGGUUUGACACGUUUAGGUGUAUUGAUGCCUCCUGGCAAGGCCUCUCUAAUUUAGGUACAGUUCAAAUAGUGAAACUUAAAAAUUGUGAACCCAUAUAAUACCCAUCUUGUCCCAAGUUAGGCUUUAACUAACCUCUGUACUAGUAAUCACCAUGUUAAGUUUUUUAUUGGAUCAUAGAACACAGAGAGGCAUAAAAUGGUCAAGUGCAUAGUUAAGAGGUAUCGAUAGUUUAUUGCUGUCCCAGGACCUCUCUCCUUUGGCUUUGCCUAAAACAACUCCUGAAGGUUCUGUCCAAAAUGUUAAAGAAAUUUUUUCUUGUUUACAGUCAUAAUCUUUUUCUAGUUCAAAUUUCAAACUCACCUGCAAGACCAAAAGCUGAAAUAUUGCAGUUUGCUGUCUAGUAUACAUCAGGUCUCCUUGAUGGGUCUCCUAACUCAGCCGCCUACAAACAGAAAAAGCUAGGUCCUCACCUUCAGAGUAGAACUAUGCAACAGUGCAUAUUCAAAGCUACAGAAAGAGCUCGAACAUCUGAGUCAGACCUGGGAUGUUUAUGUGGAGAAUUCUUAAUAUUCCUAAGAACAGACAGAAAAAUAUAAUACCCUUCACUAGCCCCAGCAACCAUAAUCCAUGGACAAUUGUGCCUCAUCCUCACCCCAUUCAUUCCCCAGCCUUGUGUUUUUUGUUUUGUUUUGUUUUUGUUUUUUUGCGGUGCAUGGGCCUCUCACUGCUGUGGCCUCUCCCGUGGCGGAGCACAGGCUCAGGACGCGCAGGCUCAGCGGCCAUGGCUCACGGGCCCAGCCGCUCCGCGGCAUGUGGGAUCUUCCUGGACUGGGGCACGAACCCGUGUCCCCUGCAUCGGCAGGCGGACUCUCAACCACUGCGCCACCAGGGAAGCCCCCUUGUGUUAUUUUGAAGCAAAUCUCAGACAUGCUGUUUCAGGCCUGAGUUGGCCUGGCAGUGCCACUCACUAGCUGUGUGAUCUUGGGUAAGUCACUUCACAUCUCUGAGUCUUUGUCUCAUUGGCAAGGUGCUGAUGAUAAUGCUGACCUCAGAGUGUCGCUCUUAGAAUUAAAUGAGGUCAUAUCAUGAAAGCACCCCAAUCAGUGCCUGGAGCAUAAUUGCACUGAGUAAAUGUUGUUUCCCUCUGCAGGAUUAGAAUCCACUUUUUCUUUUUUUUUUUUAACCUCAAAGAUCAGUGUUUCUCCACUUAGAUUCUUAGGUGGUCUAGAGUUUAAUUAAGUGCCUGCUGUUGAGGUUAGAAUGCAUUAAUAAGAGCACAGCACCCCAAUAACGAGAGGUGAUGGUUUCACUAUACCUCACACACUCAGACCACACCUGGAAUGCUGUCUUCAAGUCUGAGUGCUAUAUUUUUUAGAAAGGCGAUGUCAAACUGUAGUGUGUGCAGAGGAGGGAAUCAGCAGAUCAGGGCGCUGAGCCGUUUGUAAGCUAAGUAAGGAACUAGAGCUAUUUAGAAUGGAGAAGGGACUGCUAAAGGGAGAAAUAUUUGUCUUCAAGUGUGUGAAAGGCCAGCCCAUGAAUGAUGAAACAGAUUUCCUCAGUAUUGUUACACAGGGCAGAGAGUGGAGCGGAUUUCAGCUCAGCCACGCUGUCCAACAAGGGGCAUAGGCCACUCUAUGAGGGGUGAGCUCCAUGCAAGGAGACGUCCAAAUACAAGCCUCCCAGAGGGACCAUGGGAAGCAGUCUUGCUACAGAGGCCCCUGGAGGCCUAAGAUUCUGUGAUUCUGUAUGGUUGGGCAGAUCUAAACUUAACACCUUAGGUGCAGCCCUGACUGUGAUUCACCUAUUCAACUAACAUUACUGUGCAGGCUUUAGGUUAGGCCCUGGAGAUACAGAGAUGACAGUCUCCUGGGAGAGAGCCAAGUACACACAUGAUCAAGACGAACACCAUGUAUGAUACGGAAACAACCCAGCGAGGGAAGUGGUGGCUUCUGAUGUGAAGGAGGAGAGUCAGGAAGCUUCACACAAGAAGCAAUGCUCAAGCCGUGUCUUGAAGGAGUGACAUUUUGCCAGACGGAAGGGACUGUGGGAGGGAAGGGGAGCAUCCUAGGCAGUGGGACAAGCACUGGAGGCAGGGAGGCAGUCUCCCGAAAAGACCAGAAAGAUGUUCAGAUGAAGCUACCAAUCCAAGGUGGACUAAAACUCUAGGCAGGUGCGCCGACACACUUGCUCCUACCAUUAAGUUUAAGUGGGGUGGCUGCGGGUUGCGGGGUAGCCCCUGGAGGCCAGAGUUUGCCCAGUAGCUCUCCAGAGCCAGGAUUGUGACCAGGAGAGCAUGGCAGCCUGGCUCUUGUUUUCCCUGUGGGGCCUCCAGAGACCUCUCUAGUCUGGGUUUCUCCUAGGUCACUUGGACCCAGGCCAGCCCUAAUGGGCUCCAUGGCCCUGGGGCUGCCUCCCCAGGAGGUGGGAGGAGGAGGUGGGAUGACUUCAGUACCUGCUUUCCUUCCACUCCAGGAGCAGGAGAAUGUGCUGCAGCGGGUCCUGCAGCUGCCGGUGGUGAGCAGCACCUGUGAGUGCUUCCAGAAGACCUAUACCAGCACCAAGGAAGCCCACCCCCUGGUGACCUCUGUAUGCAGUGCAUAUGAGAAGGGCGUGCAGAGCGCCACCAGCUUGGCAGCCUGGAGCAUGGAGCCGGUGGUCCGAAGGCUGUCCACCCAGUUCAUAGCUGCCAACGAGCUGGCCUGCCGAGGCCUGGACCACCUGGAGGAAAAGAUCCCGGCCCUCCAGUAUCCUCCUGAAAAGAUUGCUUCUGAGCUGAAGGACACCAUCUCUACCCGCCUUCGCAGUGCCAGGAACAGCAUCAGUGUGCCCAUCGCCAGCACUUCAGACAAAGUCCUAGAGGCCGCUCUGGCUGGCUGUGAGCUCGCCUGGGGGAUGGUCAAAGACACUGCCGAAUUUGCUGCCAACACCCGAGCUGGCCAGCUAGCCUCUGGAGGAGCCGACUUGGCCUUGGGUGGUGUUGAGAAGGUGGUAGAGUUCCUCCUCCCUCCAGCCAAGGAAGAGUCAGCCCCUGCUCCAGGACACCAGCAUGCCCAGAAACCUCCCCAGGCCAAGCCGGGCCUCGUGAGCAGGGUUGGGGCCCUGGCCAACACUCUCUCUCAACACACCUUCCAGACCACAGCCCGGGUGCUGAAACAGGGCCAGGCCCUGGCCAUGUGGAUCCCAGGUGUGGCGCCCCUGAGCAGCCUGGCCCAGUGGGGCGCAUCGGCGGCCAUACAGGUGGUGUCCCGGCGGUCGAGUGAGGUGCGGGUGCCCUGGCUGCACAACCUCACUGCCACCCGGGAGGAGGACCACAAUGACCAGAUGGACACAGAGGGGGAGGAGACAGAGGUGGAGGAGGAGGAAUCAGAGACGGAGGAGAACAAGCUCAGUGAGGGAGCAGCCCUGCCUGGCCCACAAGACCUCCUGGGUGGUGUGGUGCACACCCUGCAGAAGGCCCUCCAGAGCACCAUCUCGGUCGUGACGUGGGUGCCUGCGGCUGUGCUGGGCACGGCAGGGAGGUUGCUGCAUCUCAUGCCAGCCCGUGCUGUCUCCUCCGCCAAGGGCAGGGCCAUGUCCCUGUCUGAUGCCCUGAAGGGUGUUACUGACAACGUCGUGGACACCGUGGUGCACUAUGUGCCGCUCCCCAGGCUGUCGCUGAUGGAGCCCGAGAGCGAAUUCCGGGAGAUCGAAAACCCGCCUGCCGAGGCCGAGAGCCCGGAGGCGGAGCGCAGGGGGUCCGGGGCGCUGCCCGCCGGCUCGGAUACCGCGUCGCGCCCCGCGCAGUCCCGCGGCAGCCUGCGCAGCGCUCGGGGCCCGGGCGCGGAGGACCGGGUGGACACGGCCGCCGCGCCGCGCACCGCCUUGCCGGCCAUGCCCCGCGAGAAGCCCGCGCGCAGGGUCAGCGACAGCUUCUUCCGGCCCAGCGUCAUGGAGCCCAUACUGGGCCGCACGCAGUAUAGCCAGCUGCGCAAGAAGAGCUGAGCCCGCUGCCCCCAUCGCGCUCCCGGCCCGGCCCGGCCCGCCGCCCCGCCCCGGCCGAGCGCUGGGGCUGUUGUCUCCCGAAAACAAACAGAAACUACAUGUCCAAAUGAGCAUUGACUUCUUCCCAGUAGUCCCCUUGGGUCCCGAGCCUCAUUCCAAGGAUGCUGCCAAGGCACACAUCAUCUUCUGAGCAUCCUUUCUGGGCUUAGCUGUCAGAGCCCAUUUUUGAGAAGCAUCAGACCAGCAGUCUGCUUUAAUUCUAUGCCUUGUUACUUUUACCAAAAGAUUAAUUGCCUAACUUGAUCUCUCACUUCUUUCACCAAAUUUGUGGCCAAGUGACAUUUAACUGUUUCCAGUAUUUACAUCCAUCCUCUGUAGACAAAUAUUUGUCACCAGUGAACGUGUCACCACCCUAAAGGUUCAAGCAGUAGAUCCUGGCACAUUUUUAAGCCCUGAAUGCAGAGAUUCCUCUGAGUAUACAGGCUCUCAGAAGACUACUUUGAGGGGAACAGCAAUCAGGUGCAAAAGCUCUUGAGUGUUUAUAUACCUACGAGCAUCACUUUCUGAGUGCCCCACACUCUUCACAGGCUGAGUCCUGGCCUGUGCUCUGUAGCGCCACCGUCCUGUUCACAGCUACAUUUCCAUUUGCACCCUUACUGCUUUCCACCUGCAUGUUCACCCUUCCGUCCACUUCUCGAAUGCUGGCGCCCCUAGUGCUGGGAGACAGUGGUGAUCGUUUGUUAUACAGUAUAGACCAUAUAUUUGGACUCUAUAGCCACAGUUCAUUCCAAGCCCUAUUUUUGAAAAUGUUAAUAUUUCUUACAUUUGGAAAUGCAUACAUAUAAGUUAAAAAAUCAAACACUGCCAAAGGAAGUGUGCCUUCCUCCCUGAGUUCCCUGGUUUCUCUUCCCCAAAGCAACCAUGGUGCCAGUCUCUUCUGUAUCUUUCUGAUUACGGACUGUGCAUGCACAGGCACAUGUGUAUAUACUCCCCACUGUUUACACAAGCUGUGGGAGGUUAUACUCAGUGCUGUUUUCACUCAGCAAUACAUCUUAGAAAUCUUUUUUGUAUCAGUAUCAUAAAUCCUCCUUGCUCUUUUUAACAGCCACACAGUAAGUGCUUCAUAAUAUAGAUGUGCUAUGUUUGAUUAAACUAGUGCCCUAAUCAUGGACUUUUAGUUGUUUCCAAUUGUUUGCUCCUUCGAACAGUGCUACAAUAAAUGUCUUUAUACAAACGUUUCAUGUAGACGUGUGCAUAUAGCUAUAGGGUAAAUUUAUAACUUGGAAUGAUGACAUGUCGAGUGAAAGGGAACGUUCAUUUUAAACCUUGAUAGAUAAUGCCAAGUAGCCUUCCAAACCAAACUCAGUUUUUCUUGUCAUCUGCAGCUGCACAGAUAAUUCUGACACUUCUGUCAGUCCUUUUAGACAUCUCUAUAUAUAUACACUCAGCCCCUAUAGGUCCCCCUCAGAUCCAUGAGCACCCUCUUGGCCGCCACUCUGUGGCACACCUAAGAGUCCAGCUCCGUGUAACUGACUCUGGGCUCUGGCAGAUCUUUGGUGUAAUGAGUCCUUGGCCUUUAUCUGUGGUUUUGAAAUCUGAGGAUGCCCAGAAUGAGGAGAGGGGAGUGUUGAUGGACAUACACAUAUGGACAUGGUCAUGACCUUGAACUAGCUUUGGGCCCUCCACCCAACCUCACAAUCCACACCACACUCAGCAGUUUCCUGGGGAGGGGGUAUGGAUCUGGCAAGAGGGGCCCUCAGAAGGUGAUAUGACAUGGCUAAGAAGGCAGUACCAGCCUAGCCCUGGCAGGGUUCCUGUGGGCAGCUGCUGGAGAACUGGCCUCAGGUCUGGUUGUGUAGAGAGAAACACACAGCUAUCCUGGGCCUCACCUGCCCAUGCUGCUUUCUUCCUGGAGCUCCAGAAACCACACUCCUGACUGUCUACUCCUCCAUGGUCCUGUGGCUCCUUCUGCCAGGAGCAACCCAGGAGAACUGUAGAAGUCAGAACACCCAUUGGCCAGACACAGACCCCUCACCCUGUCCUGGACCUCAGCCAGGGUGCCGGGAACCAGUACAGGACAGCCCAGGAAGCAAACAGCUUGCCAUAUAAGUCUCUUUUUAUUAUUAAAUAGAUGGUAAAGUGCUCUGAGCCUGGCCCUCAGUAUUUCUGAAUACUUUUUGGUGAGAAAUGAGAGCAAAGCCUCUUCUCUAAAUGGCAGAAAUUUGCCUCAUUGGCUCCAGGUUGGAUGUGGGACUUUUCUCUGUUCUGACAACAGAACAUGUUCUUGCUCGUGUGGAUGUGAGGGCUCAUCCACACUCAUCUUUGGUAGCUCUGGACCUCAGGAAGACUUCCCCUUCACACUGGGAUGCCAACGUUCCUCUCCAGAGAAAUACUCUAUCCCUUCUCUUCUAUUCCAGCUCAUAAAAUGCACCUCCAACUCAAUCACAGCUUUUAGAGAUGGAAAAACAACCAUUACAGACAUACAUUUAUCCAUGCAAUUAUUUACCACUUUUUUCUUCCAUACUUAUCUGGGAUCUUAAUAUCCAAAGGACUUCUGAGCCUGGAGAGAGAUAUCUCUGCAACUUGGGUUUUAAUGCUCAUUGUAUUAGCCAUAGUUUUCCUAAACAUUUAAGCACUUUUUACUUAAUCAAAAUUAUUAAAUGCAUUAAUCAAAUUAUUUUAAAUAUUUAAAUGUUGAUACAAACUAAAAAGUCAUCAGCUCCAUAUUCCAGCCACAGAAAAGAGCAAGGGGGUAGAAUAAAUUAAACUUCUGCUUAUAACUCACUAGAAAAAUCUUAGAGUCACAUGGCCACAUCUGGCUGAAAGGGAGGAUGGGAAAUAUAGUCUUUAUUUGGGGCGGCUAGGCAUCUAGUUAAAAAUCUGAGGUCUUAAAAGGAGGGGAAGUGGAUUCUGGGGGUGGGGGGCAACUUGCAAUCUCUGCCACACCACUCUCCUGUCAACAGACAUUUGGGUUGCUCCUCUAUUUCUACUAUUACAUACUUUUGGCAGUAAACAUUGUUAUGAGUUGCUUAGGGAAUAUGAUGAAGAGUGGGAUUGCUAAGUCAUAAAGUAUGUGUAUUGUUAACUAGAUAUUGCCAAAUUGUCCUCCAACUUGGUUGUUCUGAUUUACAUUCUCACCAGAAUAUAUGAGUCCUCUUAUUCAGCGUUCUUACCAACACUCGGUAUUGUCUGGUUUUAUCAUUUUUGCAAAUCUGAAGUGUGUAUAAUGGCAUUUCUUUGUGGACUUAAUUCCGUGAAUCACAGUGAUAUUGAACAUUGUUUAUUAUGUUUAUCGAAUGUUUGUAUUUCCCCUCUGUGAAGUGUCUGUCAAAACUUUUGCGCAGUUUUCUAUUGGUUGUUUUCCUUUUUCUCAUUGAUUUUUAGAAGACUUUAAUAUUUUUUGGAUACCAAUCCUUUAUCAACUCUACGCAUCACAAAUAUCCUCUUCCAGUGUGUGGUUUUUCAUUCUCUUUAUGGUUUCUUUCAAUGAACAAAAGUUCUUAAUUUUUACUUAGUCAAAAUUAUAAUUCUUUUCCUUUAUGUUUUGCAAUUUUGAGUAGUUUUUAAAGCUCUCCCUACCAUGAAGUCAUGAAGAUAUUCCCCUGUAUUUUCUUCAAAUAUUUUCAUAGUUUUGCCUUUUACAUUCAAUUAAUUUUUAUGUAUGGUUUAAGUAGGAAUCUGAUUUUUCUUCCAUAUGGAUAACUGAUUAUCCUAUACUUUUCCUAAGUUCUUGAAUUUUUAGUUUCUCCUUAAUUGAAUUGUACACUGUGGGAAGGCUAAGAGUUUUUUAUAGAAGUCAGCUGGAAGCUUCUGACCUGUUGAUGUCUGAUGCCUGAAUGAUGCUUUCUUGCAUCUAGGUGGAACAGAGGGACCAGGUUCUGCCUCAUGUAUGGAAUAGUCUGGCUUCCCCCGACUCUCAGUUCCGUCGUAGAUCAAGUUUCCAAAUGUGUUCUAUUAUCUAUUCCUGUGGCAUUAGCACAUUGUCUGACUUACAACGGUUUAAAAUCUGUUUUCAUAUCUGGUUGGGCAAGCCCCCCACAUUGCCCUUCUGUAGGAGGGCUUUACAACUUCUGGCUCUUUGCUUUUCCAUACAAAUAAUAAAGUCAGCUUGUCAAAUUCUACAAAAGGAAAAUUUACAGACUCAGCUUGUUUCAAUUAACUAUAAUUAUUAUUUGCUCUUUUGAUGCUCAAAUUGUCACAAUUUGGCCCCUUUAAGUUGGGGCCUUUGUCCUUUAGGCUGACAACGGACAUUCUAAAAGCAUGUUUUUUCUGACCACAAAAAAAUUAUUCCUGUUCUUGACCUAAUCCAUGGGAUCAGCUACUUUUAAAGAGGAAUAGUGGUAGCACAAUUUGGACCCUGGGUAUGCAUAUCUGAUUGUUCCAUGUGCAUAUUGGUGAUAGACAGAAAAACACUGCACACUCACUAGUGACAGCUAGAAAAAAGGCAUUUCUUUCCAAGGUCAUCAGUUCACAUUGAUAGUUCCCGUGAACUCUAACAUCACAAAAAUCUUUAAAAUUAUUGUAACAAAAGUUUCAAUUUUCUUUUCUCUAAACUUAAGUACCUUAAAAUUGUAAUUAUAAUUAUACCAAGGUUUCAUUGAUCAUGAUCACCUUUUGUUACAUUUACAUACAUAAAGAUCCAAGUUUAGUUUUAGGCUUCUUCACAUUGAGUCUAAAUGAAUCUUUUUUGACUGUGUGGUAACAGGCUGCUCUGAAUCAUUCCAGCUGAGGACCCCAACUUCUUUAGAAUAUUUCAGACCAACAGAGUAGUUCUAUAGCAUAUCAGAGAACAAUGGGGUUUCACCUACUUUUCCCACAUGCUUGAAUUUUUGGUUUCUCCUAAACUGAAUUAUAUAUUGUAGGAAGGGUCAUAGCUUCUGGCAGCUUCUAACAGAUGAAUGUUUGGUACAAGAAUGAUGGUCCUUCAUGAUACAUGAAUCAGUUGACCAGCCUCUCUUAGCUUUGAAAAUUCUAGGAGGUGGUUGUGGAUAUCAUGGAUGACUUCCUGUAUUAGGGUUCUACAGACAAACAGAACCAAGAGGAAGUAUAUAAAUUUAUACCAGUAGGAAAUAUAUAUACAAUUGACCCUUGGACACUGCAUAGGUUAGGGGUGCCGACCCUCUGCAUAGCUGAAAAUCCGAGGGAGAUUCCCUGGUGGUCUAGUUGUUAGUGUUGUGGUCUGUGAUUCGGCGCUUUAACUGCCAUGGCCUGGGUUCAAUCCCUGGUUGGCCACGGGGCCAAAAAAAAAAAAAAAAAGAAAAGAAAAUCCGAGCAUAACUUUACAGUCAACCCUCUGUACCUGCAGUUCUGCAUCUGUGGAUUCAACCAACAGGGAUUGUGUAGUAAUAUAGUAUGUAUUUAUUGAAAAAUAUAUGAGUAUAAGCCGACCUGCACAAUUCAAACCUGUGUUGUUCAAAGGUCAACUGUAUAUAUAACUAUAUAUACAUAUAUAUAUUUUAUAUUUAUAUAUAUAUAAAGAGAUUCAUUAUAAGGAAUUAGCUCACAAGAUUAUGGAGGCUGGCAAGUCCCGAGAACUACAGGCUGAAUCAGCAAGCAUGGAGACACAGGAGAGCCAGUGGUUUAGUUCCAGUCCAAAGACUGGCAGGCUCAAGACCCAGGAAGAGCCGAUAUUUCAGUUUGAGUCUGAAGGCAGGAAAAAAGCCAAAGUCUCAGUUAAAAGACAGGCAGGAAAACUCUCCCUUAUUUGGAGCAGGGUCAGCCUUUUUGUUCUAUUCAGGCCUUCAACUGAUUGGAUGAGGGCCACCCACGUUGGAGAGCACAUCGGCUCUACUCAAACAUAUGUUAAUCUCAUCCAAAAACACCCUCACAGAAACAUUCAGAAUAAUGUUUGACCAAAUAUUUGGGCACCCCACAGCCCAGUCAAGUUGACACAUAAAAUUAACCAUCACACUUCCCAACAUCCAUGCAUAUUCAUCUCAUGUGCAUAUUCCAAGCCAACCAUAGUUAUUCUGUCUCCUUGUCAGUGAUGAUUUCAGGGGUGGACAGGCCUCAGCCAUGAUGUGAGAGAAAGCUGAUGGUAGGGCUCCUAGGAAAAGUUCCCUUGAUCCAAAGACAGUGCUGCGUGACACAAUGCUCUCUUCCCCCUCUGGAUGUUUUAUGGUUGAUGGUGAUGGCAGAGGGGAGAAAUGGAAAAGCCAGGUCCCUUGUCACUGACUCAACCUGCCCCAGAGCCCUCCUCCCUCUGGUCUCUCUGUUCACAAAGAUAACAAAUGGCCUAUUGUUCAAGCCACUUCAAAGUGUGGUUUCUGCUCCUUGAGGCUGAGGAUUUCCUAAUAUAGAUCCAUCCUAAGAGACUUGGCAGUUUCUACAGCCUUUAAUUAUAAUGCCUGUUUGUGACAGGCAAUCUUCUGUAUAUACAAUAAAUUGUUUCGUUACUACCUCAAAGUUUGAUUUUUCUAAUGACAUUUUAAGUCGCAAAGAUGUUUCUAGAUUUUCAUUAAAAUUCAACCAUGCGUGAUGCUCCCAAUGCAACCAACCCAUCAGAGGUCACAGAGGUGAAGAGACCAUCUCUUUCAGGCAGCACGUGGACAUUCCUAUAUCAUCUCUCCUGGUGCCAAGUUUCCUUUGGCAAUGACUACAAGAUGCAACUCAAUUUCAGAAAUGUUAAAAUGAGCGUCUUAAAACUGAGGAAGCAUUUUUGUAUGUAGGGAGAUGCAAGUUUCUGCUGGUUUUGGGCGGAGGGGUGGUUUAGGGCUGAGAGUGAAAACAGGGAUGAGUGGAGAAAGGACUCUGAACCGAGGACAGGAUCGUCUGGUAUCCAGUUUGGAGGCUUGACGUAAGGAGAUGCCAUCAUGAGGAUACUUCCUCAUUCUCCAAAGAUGUUCUACAUACCACUCUGUCGUUUGUGCCUACAAAAUGAAAAUAUGAGCCAUAUUGAUCCACAGCCAUAUUUCUGUUAAUGCAAAGACAGUUUUUCCUUUCUUUCUAAAAUAACUUGACCAAAAACCUUCAUGGAGUGACUAUGCCAGGUCUUGGGCCAAGGGAGAGAGACUUGGAGAUAAAUAAAGCACACUCCAUUCAAGGACCUCACAGUUUAGUAAGACAAGUUAUAAUAUGUAUAACAUAUUUGUAUAUAUUAUAUAUGUAUGAACAUGCUUGUAUAUCG